CCUGUAUAUAAAGCCCUGGCUCGACGGCAUCCUGUACUCUGGGAAGAGCUUCCACAGCCAGCUGGCUCGAAGAAAGUUAUAUAAAUGCAGUCUAUAGCUGGAGAUCAGCCUGUUUUCUUUCAUUUACGCGUUGUGUUAUGAAACUGCUGCGCUAGCGAGCAUCGAUCCAACAUGGCGUUUAUAUAUUACAAACGAUAUUAACUAGUUUGUCACAUUUUUGAAGCGCUGUCUAAAAAUAUGAACUAUAAUACUUCACUCGGACCACAGACUAUAAUAUUUUGACUAAAAUGAGUUAAGAGUCACACUGAACUGCAUAUUAACGAGAGGUUGGCAGAGUCACGUUUGACCUGCAUUCUGAAAUCUAACGAAAUGGCUUUGUCGCUACACAAAAUUAUUAAACACUCGAAUUACAUGUGUUAUUGUUGAUAUGUUGUGGACUAAAGGCAGUUUCACACCCACCAUAUAAUAUUUAUUAUACAUUAUAUAAAUAAAUCAGUUAAAGUAACGAACAAUUAUUGUUUAUUUGUGAUGUGUGUUGUUGAUUUAGACAGCUGUGUGUCUGAUAGAGAAUAAAUGGAGGAGGAAGAGAGAGAUGUGGAGGAAGUUAAGUCUGAAGGAGAAGAUGCACAGCCUGCAGAAACACAAGCAGAACUGGAACCUGACACAAUCUUAAACACUGAAGAAACUGCAGAUGCACAAGAGCUUCCCUUAGUCAUUCAAGCCCCUGUUGUAUCUGGGACGGCCAAUCAGAAGCCUUCUAUCCUCCCACGAUUGGACAACUUUGUUAUAGUUGACCAAAACGGACAUCCUAUUCCGUAUGAGCGAUUGGUGAUUGUGACAGGAGAGAAUGGUCAAAUAUUUGGCGUCCCAUCAGUGCCUUUAAGGGGUGCUCAGAUGUUACUACCUCAUGGUCAACUGUUGAAUGUAGCAAAGUCAUCAGGCGUCUUUGUGGAAAAAAGCCAGCAGCCUGUCAUCACAACCAUAAAAGAGAAUGACGGUGCUCAUAGUUUACCUGCAGUAACGGCUCAGAAUAUUACUACUAUUAAAAUUCAGAAAAAAAAUUUUCCUGAUGUAUUUGAGCCCCCGGUAAAGCCAUUGCCACCAGGGUCACCAAACUGGGCUCUGAGACUGCGCGGGUGUGAGAAGAUCGGAGACUCGUACCGUGGUUACUGUAACACAGAGGCCGAGCUGGAGGCUGUUCUGCUUCAACAUAAGCAGCAGACCCACGCUGUUUUUGGCACCCGUCAGUCCCCAUCACCAGCUAAACCUGCCACCAGGCUCAUGUGGAAAUCACAGUAUGUGCCCUACGAUGGCAUUCCCUUCGUUAAUGCAGGGAGCAGAGCCAUUGUAAUGGAAUGUCAGUUUGGACCACGGAGGAAGGGCGUCCAACCUAAAAAAGGGUCAGAGCAAGAAAUGUAUCAAAACAAGCUCUACAAAGCCACCUGUCCUGCCAGAAUAUAUAUCAAGAAAGUCAGAAAGUUCCUGGAGUACAAGGUUCCAACAGACCCCAAAGUGGACAAGAAGGUGGUGCGACAAGAGCAGGAGAAAGCCUUCUUCAACCUCAAGAACAGUUUAUGGGACGAAGGAGGUGUUGUAAGAUAUUACGUUCAGCUACCUACAGAAAAAGCCCACCUGUACCAUGAUGUGGACACUGCAAACCUGCCUCCUCUUCCAGAGCAGAUCUGCUUUACAGAGGACCAUCCUCAUGAAGAGGAAGACACAGAAGAGCUGGGGUAUCAAGCCAUGCAGGACGUCCUUGUGGAGGAUGGGGUAUCCUUACCCGAGUCUCGACUACACCCGCUGGUGGCAGAGAAGAUCUGUGAGUUGGUGGCUCACGGUCAUAACCAGGUCUACACCGUCCGCAAACAGCUCAGGAAGUUUGUGGAACGUGAGAUGUUCAAGUCAGAGGAAGUGCCCGAGAGACACAACCUGUGUUACUUUCCCACCGUCAAUGACAUCAAGAACCACAUCCACGAGGCGCAGAAAACUCUUGGACCACUGGAUGCCUCAGAUACUGAGGUGUGGACAGAAAAUACUUGGAAAGAAGAGGCUGAUAACCUGCUAUCAGAGACUUUAACAUUGACCCUAACUCCUGCUACUGUAGACGUUUCCUCUGGGAAAGAAGAGCUCUUGGAAGGAAGUGACACUCUUUCACCAGAAGCUGUGCAUCUCUUCAGCUCCCUCACAUCACUGCAGCCCAAGAUCUUUGCACAUUUACAGGCCAUCCAGCUCCAGCCGCCCUUGUGUCCAGUGGAAGACCCUGCUCAACUUUCAACAGCAGCACCAGAAGCCCACGAGCUGUCCAGCCCUGCAGCCUCACAGCCUGUAAUCCUGAGUCCGUCCCAGUUCCUCCAGUCCAGUCCCAGUGCUGGCGAAGGCAUGUCUGUGUGCGAGACCCCGACCCUGCUCGGCAUGAACCAGCUGGUGAGUGUCUCUAAUGCUGGAGCUGAAGGAGGAAUCACGCAGAUCCUGCUGGAAGACGGACAGGCCGUUCCAGUCCAGAUUGUGGAGCCGACAAACAUAGCGGACGACACUUCUGUGAAGUAGGAUUGUGGGAAACCUAUGGAUGUGUCAGCAGCAUCAGAGGAAGGCUGGGAAUACAACAAUGGGGAAAAGAAAACAAGCCUCAACGUCCGUAAACUGUCAGCGAAUGACUCUUUGAUCACUGGAGGACUGAUUCAUUGUAUUAGUGACAGUAUUAUGUGAACAUGUACUGUUAUUGAUAUCGAAUUUUUUUUCAUUUUCAGUUCAUUGCUAUUUUUAUUUAUUACAGUGAGGAUUGUAGGAUACAUGGGAUUUCUCAAGCUCUCAUUCAGUAACUGAAUAAAUGAGAUCAGAAUUAAAUAUUUAAAAUUAAA